CAACAUGAUAUCGUCCGUACAGUUGACGACGGACAUUCCUAUCCCUGUGCGCGGUUGCGAAAUACUAUUAAUACCCGCCGAAGAUUAAAAUUGUACCUAUUUCAGCACAAAGCCUAUGGAUUAAUACCAACAGCGUUACCUCUUGUACGGACCUUAGACAUUUCGGCGUAGGCCUUCUCAGAGAAAAUCGUAGCCGUUUCCGCAAAACUUGACACUACAAGUUAAACUCCUUUCGUCCAUGUUAUACUAGCUUUUCUCAUAAGCGGAUUAGCGCAGCGCGUUAGCAAAGCAAGCACCCCAAGCCCUCGCGUCUUCAUCGAAGAUGCUAGAUGACUAUAAGGUUACACGAAAAGUUGGAAAGGCUCUAACUCUCCCGUCGGCUCCAGCGUUUUCGUUCGGAGGUCGGCAUGAACCCCCAAAAGGGCUUACUGGGCCAGGACCAGGAGCAUACGAUCCGGACUGGUGCAGAAACGGCAAGGGCACAGGGUUCGGGACCAGCGCACGCUCCAGUUGGCAGGUGCACGAUACUCCUGCUGGGGCUUCCUAUCAGCCCGUGGUUUCACAAGUCGCGGCUAGCAAACCUGCCUACUCCUUUGGCAUAAAGCACAAGCAAGACGGAAACAAGCUAACGCCUGGCCCGGGCACCUACGAGCCCCGACCCUCCGAGAAGCUAAUAAAGCCCUCGCCAGCGGUCUACACACUCGCGCCCCGCACCACGGGCGAGGGCGAGCGGGAGCGCUCCCCGGGGCCCGCAGAGUACAGUCCCGAGUUCAAGCCCCGGGAGGUGCACGCAGCCAGCAUCAAGUUCCGCAAUGAGGUCCCGCACCGCUAUGCACAAGUGACGCCGGGGCCUGGGGAGUACGACUCACGGAGACCGGGGCGGCCCUUUUCGGAGGGCAAGACGUUCGGAGAGAGCCGCACGGACCUGUUCCGAGGCAACGGCGUCCCAGGACCGGGCGAGUACGGCGCCCCCUCCGUGGCGCUCCAGCGCCCCCGUCGCGCCUCCUGGACCAUCGGCCGCGCCUCCCGUGACGCCGGCGCACGCACCUCCAUCAACCCCGGCCCGGGCGCCUACGAGGUAAUCGAGCCGCUCAUACCCCGUGACGGCGGCCACAGCGCCGCCUCGGACUUCCGCUCCUCGCCCGCGUAUACCUUUGGCGGGAGACCGCCAUGGGCGGUGCCUGCCCUCAGUCCAGGGCCCGCGGACUACGGCACGCCGCCGGAUCCAGGCAAGGUGGCCAAGCCCGCGUACACGCUGCGUGGGGCCGCGUCUAAGGAGCACGAUGAGGCGGUUCCGGGACCGGGGACGUACGCGCCGGAUAAGGCGGACGAGACGGUGCAUGUGACGGCGCCGGUGUACAGCAUUGCGCAGCGGCCUGGCGAGGCGUUGGCGGAGGCGAUGCCGGGUCCUGGGGCAUACGACCCUCGGGACAGCGAUGGGCGGUUAGCCGUCAGUCUCAAGUUCCGCACGGAUCCCAAGCCGCCCACCGCCGACCACCCCGCGCCGCACGACUACUCCAACAAGGACUUUCGGGGCUUCGGUGUGUCGUACGGCGGUAGCCAGGCGCGCAAGGGCUUCACCAUGCGGCCGCGCUGGCGGGACGAGCGGCGCGCGCAGGUGCCGGGUCCGCAGUACGAGGUGGGGUGCAGCACGCUGGGGGUGGCCGGGUCGCCCAUGAUCGACAAGUCCAAGAUCAGCAUGUCGCUGGUGUUGUAGUGUUGGGGCAGGCUGGGGGUGUGGUUGGGGCAGGCUGGGGGUGUGGUUGGGACAGGCUGGGUAAAGAGGAAACGACUAACUGACCGUGUGAAAGGCGUCAUCAUGGUUUGCAGCAUCAUGUGAGCCAGCCCGACCCGCCCAGCCCGAAUUUGCAGGCUGGGGGUGACUUGUUUGGGGUUCAGGUAAGCUGAGCCGCAGAGAGCUGAUCCAACCCAACCCUUGUGUUAAGGGCUGGGGAGGGCUCAGCAGAGAGCAAUGAAUGUGGUUUGCAGAAUGGAGUGGUAGGUAUUUUGUACCGGUAUGCAGGUUGGGUGGGCCACACGGUACACAAGGCAGGGACUGAAGGCUUGCGUAUUCCUUGUACGGCCAGUAUGGGCAGGUGUGGGUGGGUUGGGUCACAGGCAGCAGGGGUGUUGGUUGGUGUCGCAGGGAGUCUUGCGUGUAUCAUGGAUUACUGCUGGAUGUGGAUAGUGUGCGCAAGCUAACGGUAUAGCCGCGGUAUGUGCGCUGCGGCCCUGGGUGCCGCCUGCGUUGCAGGGGGUAAGAGGAAACGACUAACAAACCGUGUGUUGCAUGGGUAAGCUACUGGGCUGUGUUGGAGCAUGGGCGCGAUGGCAGGAUUGGUGGCAGGUUGUCUGGUGGCAGCGUGUCCCAACACAACAAGAUGCAGGGGAAUACUCGGUAUGUCUUGACCAAGGAGCUAACUAUCGCACGGUGCGAAUGAAUCCGUAUUUAGGUUUGGAUAACCGUCAAAUGUCAACGCAUGCUCUCGCUUGCUCCGCUUAACUUGAGGUGCUGUUGCUGCGGGCAUCUCUUUUGCUGCUGCCUGUUGUGAACUGCUGCUUGCGGGCUACACGGACCCAGCGGGUUGGGUACGAUUACUACGGACGGUGUUUGAGGUCCGGCCAAAUCCGCCAGCCCGAGCUCUUGUGAUGCAGGGUUGUUGACUCGGGGACGCAUGUUGAGCAGGGCAGUGCAUGAGCAUUUGGGCAAGGCGGGUAGUGCGGUAGCUCUUGAUGCUUGUUUAUACUUUCUUGGGAGGGGUUUUACGAUUGCAUGUGUUUUUUCCAAGGUGUACUUUUCCGUCUGGACAAGAUGGGCCGGGCGUGAGAGCAAAGUUACCGCAUACUAAGGGAGCGUGUGUGGCUGUACGCUGUGCAAACUGGAUGCGCAGCAGGUUGCUUUUGUCCAAGUACGACAAUUCCCGUGCCUUUUAGGCUGCAGCUGUGCGGGGGACUAACUGAAUGUGCCAGGAUAAUGAUGCGUGGCUCGCAGUCACGCAUGUGCAAGCGUGCGCUGCCGAGCAACAAAGGAAGUGUGGCUGCGUUGGCGCGUUCCGAACUAUGCAAGGAAUGCAACGCUGUGUCAGCUGUAUGCCGCUGUAUGGGGCUGACCCUUCAAAGUGAGGGCUAGGAGCAAAGCACCAGUUGGCACACAUUUCCUGUAUCACGGCACGGGUUACGCAUAACAUGACCCUUGGAGGAUAUUCAAUGUGUGCAGGCAGGGGACGGGACAGGUAACGCCGUGUGGUACUUGCCGUACCGACACCCUGUCCUGCUGUUCUUGUAGUCAUCGCCAGGUAACCAGGCAAUACCGGUAGACGGCUUCGACCAAGGCCACGCAGGAGUACGGUGAAUGCUCGAUUAAGUCGUGCCUCUGUCGCCAGAAAUAGCAAGAAAUUGGCAUUUCGAACCGCGCUGUCGCUUUCCUGUCAGUCCUGUUAAGCUUAUGGUUAUACGUGAAUACACCGUAAGCUCAAAUUGGGCAGUCUGUAGUAUAUUGCGCUCCUCCUCAGACGACGUAUGGAGUCGCCAAUUUUGUUGCAACAUUGGGCACAGUUACCAGCAGUCCUUGCUGAACACAUUUUCAGCUCUCUACCGAGUAAUGACAUAGCUUGCACCAUACGCCUUGUUAACAAGGCUGGUGCAGCGCGCUUCAGCAGCCCUGAGCACACCACCAUCCACCUGUCCCAGCCUGUGCCAGCCCACGCAUUCUCAAAACACUGGACGAACCCCAACCUUCUCGGGAACAUGACCUAUGCACAGCGGCUCCAACUGUUAUGUCUCACAGCCCGCAGCGGCAGCCUUCCCAACCUUGCAGUAGCAGCGGCGAGUGCUGGAUGCAUCCUGAACGCCGAAGUGAUUAAUGCGGCGGCGGCUGCAGGGCAAGUGCACUGCUGUGAGUGGUUGAGGUCUCAGGGCUGUCGCCUUGGUAAGGUCCUUAGCGCUGCAGCGGGGGCAGGGCAACGAAGGACAUGCGAGUGGGCGUUGGCAAAAGGCUGCGAGUGGGACAUCGAGGCAUUCCAUGCAGCCACGAGCGGAGGCCAUGAAGCCAUCAUGUUUUGGCUGCUUGGGUUGCGGCCCGAGGAAUCUCUGCGCCCGAGUAAAUGGAGCCUGCUUUCCGUGGCCGCUGGCUGCUCCCUGGCAACGUUGAAGCGGCUGUAUAUGGCCUGGGCGGCCGAAGAGGACCUGGCGGAGGCGGCGGAGGAUGAGCCGCAGUGGGCAGCGGAACUGCUAGCCGCUGCUGGCGGCAGCCGCACACCCGACUGGCAGGCCAAGGUGGAAUGGCUUGUGGAGCAGGGCCUGGAGGUCACAGCCGACAGUUACAUACACCGAGACGCUGCCCUCCAUCCAGAUGCCCUGGGCCGCGUGCAGUGGUUGCUGCAAAUGGGCUUUGCAUGCGUUGAGCUCGCAGUCCUGCAAGCUGCAAGGCUGGGCAAGGUCGACGUACUUGAGUACGUGCAUGACGAGGGCAUCGUGUUCGAGGACACCUGGAUUGAUUGCGGCAGGGAAGCGGCAGAGGCAGGGCAGCUGGCCACCCUGCAGCUGUUGUGCUCCUGGAGUGUCGGAGAUGGCAUGCUGAACCUGCGUGCUGCUGCCCGGGCUGGCCAGCUGCCGGUGGUGCUGUGGCUGGUGGAGCAGCAGCUGGGCGAAGACGUGCUGCAGGAGUGCUACCAGCUGUUCGGCUGUGCGGCCGGUUCGGGUAACUUGGAGCUGCUGAGGUGGCUGUACGAACACGGCUGCGUGCGGCGUGAUUUCCGUUAUACCUCGUUUGUCAAGGAGGCUGCAGCUGCUGGCAAUGUGGAGGCGCUGAGGUGGCUGGUGUCCAUCGGAUGUCGAUUUCCGGCUACGGGAUUCGACGCGUGCUGGGCAGCCGUACGCAAGGGCGACCUGGCAACCAUGGAUUGCCUGCAGCAGCUCGGCUGCCCCUGGGGCGACAACCCGGACAGCCGGGGUGACUACGUCAGCCCGGAUUCCAGCUCUGACGGCUACUGGGACAGCCGGCCGGGGCUGCUCUUCCGGCGCUGCAUGGGGCUGCCACGCCCCACCGUGAUACUCGAGUGGCUGCUGGAGAGGGGCUGUCCGGUGGGGAGCUGGAGUGCGGCUGUGCGGCGGGCGGCGCAGGUGGUGGCUCGUGCCGGGUGGACGGAGGAUACGCGGGAGCUGUGGGAGUGGCUGCGACAGGACGGUGGCAUGCGGAGCCGUUGGUGGGCGGAGGAGGCGGCGGAUGAGUGGCAAGAUGGUCUGGAGGAGCUGCUGUCGGGGCUCAACAUGCGCUUGUGAGCGGCUGAAGCUGCUGAGGCGGGGUUUCGGAGAGGACAGCUGGGAUGCGGUUGGCAUGUGUUCAUACGGAGGGUAUCCAUGGGGAGGGACGCGAAGUCGCUGGUGCGUUGUUGACAUACUGGUGUAUCUGCUGCCUGUGGCGCCUCGUAGCUUCCCGGUCAAUGCGCUGCGCCCCAUGUGUGCCAGUAUGUUGCGCGGAGCAGGGUAUGCAGAAGACCCAGGCUAGGGUUCAGUGCCCGGCACCGCCGGUUGUAGAAGCGGU